GGCACGUGGAGAACUCACCCCCAAGACAAGAAGAAGACAACGCUCCCAGGCUGAAUAUUAAGGCAGGAAGCCGACGUGAUGUCUCAGGUCAUACCCAGCCACGUGCUGCGGGUUGGCCAGACGAUACGUAUUGCAUCCCAGGAAGAAAGCAGAAGCUUACAUCCAGCCAGGAGCCCCUGCUGCCCUAGCUUGACUACAAAAUGUUCUUAUUAUUCAGCCGAGGGUUGGCUCAGCCAGCCUAUGAUGGCACAAACCAAAGCACGGCUGCUGCCAAAUGGGGGACUGCAUGGACCUAACUCGAAUGCCAUGUUCACAUGUGUGGCCUCUCCCCCCCACAGGAAAGAGGAUCAGGUUGCCUCUUUGGAAAGAGCCAGUCCCACACAUCAGCCAGAGGGCGAGGAGGAGACUGAGGGGAAUCCUGAGGCCAGUCCAGUGUCUCCAACCCUGGAUGUGUCGAUAGAAAGCCUGAACCAACUGAUCCUAGAAAUCGACCCGACCUUUCAGCCCCUCCAGCUCAAACCAGACAGCGGCAAGAAGUACACUGCCCAACCCACAUCUCCUGGCAACGCGGCUGUGACCGAGAAACCAGACCUAGAUUUGUUAGAGAUCAAGUAUAUCGAAAUGACCCCCACCCGAGCCAAGAGCCAUGAAUCGAUGCAAGGCUCGGCCAGUCCUUGCAUCACUCCGCUCUCCAUGUCGCCCCAAGGCAGCUGCUUCCUGCUCCCAAGAGGGGUGCUAGCCCGGGACAACUGCACCCCGAAUGGCAGUCUUGUCUUCUCAAGCCCCUCCGGGCCCGACAGCAACCAGGCAGCUCCUCAAAAUCAGCCACCCACUGGGAGCUCCCCCCAGACCUGCUACAGAGUGUCUGAGUGUGUGUCCAUCCCGCAGCAUGGUCAGAAGGAUUGCAUCUCCUACAGGCCAAAUACUCUCCUGGCCACCUCUCCCGGCCUGGAGAGUUUGUGGAGGGCUUUGUACAUUGGCCGGGCUCAGCAGAGAACCAGCAGGGUCUCCAUGCUCUCCAUGAGCCCGGGAUCAGAUAGCAGUUACGUGCUUGGAAGCAGCACCCAGUCGCUUCUCAACGAUGACUCCGACUCUUACCAACCUGCCCACAGAUCAGCGGAAAAAAGCCCCUUAUCUAUCGGCUCUUUCGGUAGCCCUUGUCUCACUUCCCCAGGCGUCCAAGUCGAUCAUUUUGGAGAAGCCUUUAGCCCAGGUCCCAGUUCCAACAAAGUGAACACCUCUUCCUUCCUGCCACUCCAGAAGGGACACGCCAGCAGCUGUCCCCCGUCCAUCGUUAACUCCAUGGCUGAUAUCCCCAUACUUAUGGUCAACGGAUGUCUGGAACAUGGUGAGACGUCUCCCAAAAUGGGCAGAGACUUCCAGGGUUCCGUCAAGCAGAAAAUUCCACCCAGUUUCAGCUCCUCCUCAGGGAUAAGCAGCUUGAAUAAGACCUCUUCUGAAACGUCUCUCUCCUUCUCCACGAACGGUCCCUCCAAAGAUGGUGAGCCAACCAUGAAAUUUGUGAUGGACACGUCAAAAUACUGGUUCAAGCCAAGCAUUACAAGGGACCAAGCAAUCCAACUUCUGAAGGAGGCGAAACCAGGCGCUUUCCUCAUGCGGGACAGCACAUCAUACCGCGGGUCGUUUGGGCUGGCGAUGAAGGUUCUCAGCUCACCAUCCAGCUGCAAGACAGGUGAUGACAGCAGCGACCUGGUCCGACACUUCCUCAUUGAGUCAUCUGCCAAAGGAGUGCACCUUAAAGGGGCCAGCGAGGAGCCCUAUUUUGGGAGCCUGUCGGCCUUCGUCUACCAGCAUGCCAUCACACCGCUAGCCCUGCCCUGCAAGCUGGCCAUCCCCACACGAGAUUUCGCUGGUGGAGAAAAUAGCCUUGAGACCCCCCUGGAAUCUGCACUUUCUGCAAGGAAGCAAACUGCUGCCUGCAACGUCUUGUACCUCAACUCCGUGAGCGUGGAGACGUUGACCGGCGCCUCAGCAGUUCAUAAAGCUGUCUCCUCCACCUUCGAGCUGGAGACGCCGCCCAUGCCCACCAUUGUUCACUUCAAAGUGACCGAGGAAGGAAUAAUCCUGACCGACAUCCAGAGAAAGGUGUUUUUCCGACGACACUAUCCCCUUGCUGCCCUCAGCUUCUGUAGCAUGGAUCCUGAGAACAGAAAGUGGCAAAAGUACUGCAAGUCUUCAAGGAUCUUUGGCUUUGUAGCCAAAAGCCAAACUGAUGUCGAGAAUGUCUGUCAUCUCUUUGCCGAGUACGACACUGUGCAGCCGGCUUCUCUUGUCAUUGACUUUAUCAGCAAACUCCUCCCAGAGCAAUAGAUGCUGCAGACCUGCAUAGAAGCCGGUGCUGGCAGUACCUGGAUGCUGCUGAGCCAUUUCCUGCCAUUCUAUUGCUACCUUGUUGCAUUUUGGCAACUGCUCCUAUUUAUAACUUUUGUUACGUACUUUGAUGUCCAGAGUUUCAGAGGAAGGCUUUACGCUCCCUGCUCAGCCCUGGGAGCCUCUUCUGGGAUCAGAUCUCAUUCAAGAUCUCUGAUGAGGAAUCCCAUGGAAAUCUCUAUCAUGCCGAAUGCCUUAGGUGUAUGUAUUAUUGCAGCCUGCAGGAAGCCACAGUGGGUCAGAUGGUGGAUGAGUGUGUGACGGGUUGGAUUUGCCUUGCAAAGUUCACUCAUCUGGGGUGAGUAAUUUUGUUCUUUAAUAGGCAGGGAAAAUAUGGGGGCCAAGAUUUUUGAUAGUGAUGCCUUGAUUUCUGGCUGCCCAAUUUGAGACUCUUAAAAGGAUCUGAGCUCCCACCCUCCAAAAAUCCGGGUUAGCACCGCCCGACCUCACAGAUGUCUUGUGAGGAUAAAUGACGCUUUGCUACAAUGGUACCUGGCGCCAGGCGAGGGAGGACCUUCUGGAGACCGAUAGGCCCUUCUAAGUAGCCUCCAGGUGGAUUCUGCAAAUCAAGGCCCCUACGAUCACGAGCUGAUUCUGAAAAAAUCUUGGCUCCCUAAGGAUUUGUGACUGAAAUGUAGGGCGAAGUAGAUUUUUUUGGCCAGGGCUGGUAAAUUUUUGUGCCAUUUUUGCUAGGCUGGAUUAGCCUGGAUCGAAACAUCCAGAUCAAGACGAGCGGAGAAAUAAACGUUGACAUUUUCAUGACCGUAAAUGUAUUGGCUUUUUGGAGGAGACUUACCUGGAUCUGGGCCAGAUCCUCAGCUGAUGUAAAUUGGCAGAGCCUCCUUCUGGGGCACUCCACCUCCUAAAGGAAGCAGGUGAUUCCAGUAAGUAAGAGGCCCAAUUGCAUAGCUAGGGCAUUGGACUGGGAGCCAGGAGAUACGAGGUCAAUUCCCUUCACUCAACGGCCAUCAGCUGAAGGUCUCAUCCCUUUGGAGCAUGA